AUGCGUCUGACACCACUUCUCAGGCUCGUGCCCGGGGACGUUGUAAUUUUGUCCCAACCACCGACCUAUUCUUCGGCAUGUCCUUCUGCAGAUUCAAUAUUCAACCCCGGUGCAUCUCUCACUCUGCACCCGCCCCUGGACCUUAACACUCCACCGGCGUGUCGCGCGUAUUGUUGGGACGAGCCGUACUUCUCUGCGCUUGCGGAGAUCGAGGCCGCGGCGCAGAAGCACGGGUUCACGCUCGCCGAGGUCGCGCUCCGCUGA